ACAUUUUAAAAAGAAAGUUGGUGAGUUCUUCACAUGGGUAAAUCUCAGAAGUUACAUGAAAGACGAACAGUGACUGAUCAUUUUGUCGCAAUGGAAUUGUGUGGAAUGUCUAUAUAAGAAGAAGAUUAAUAUGAGAAGCUCAACAAUAAUUCAUAAGGUAUAGGCUGUAAGUUUGUUUGAAAAUGGCUUGGUUCACCAUUGGAAGCUUCCAAGAUUCCUUCAGCUUGCGCUCUUGCAAGGCGUAUCUUGCUGAGUUCAUCUCCACCUUGCUCUUCGUUUUCGCCGGCGUCGGUUCCGCCAUUGCCUACGAUAAAAUAACAUCCUCUGCAGCUUUAGACCCAGCGGGGCUGGUGGCGGUGGCGGUUUGCCAUGGAUUUGCUCUGUUUGUUGCAGUCUCUGUCGGAGCCAACAUCUCCGGUGGCCAUGUCAACCCAGCGGUGACAUUCGGCCUUCUUCUUGGUGACCAAAUCAGCCUAAUUACGACCAUAUUUUACUGGAUUGCUCAGCUUCUUGGCUCCAUUGUCGCCUGCUACCUUCUCAAAUAUGUCACUGGCGGCCUGGCAGUUCCGGUCCACAGCGUGGCGACCGGCAUCGGAGCAGCGGAAGGAGUUGUGAUGGAAAUUGUCAUCACAUUCGGUCUGGUUUACACGGUCUAUGCGACGGCAGCCGACCCAAAGAAGGGAUCUUUGGGCACAAUUGCGCCAAUUGCCAUCGGAUUCAUCGUCGGAGCAAACAUUUUGGCAGCCGGACCGUUUUCCGGCGGAUCGAUGAACCCGGCCCGGUCAUUUGGACCGGCGGUGGUCAGUGGGGACUUUCACGACAACUGGAUUUACUGGGUUGGGCCACUCGUUGGCGGUGGCUUGGCUGGGCUUAUCUACUUUUACGCCUUUAUGGCCUAUGGGCCCAGCCCAAUUCCAAGCGAUUACUAAGGCCCAAAUAAAUUAAACGAUUUUUUUUUUCUUCCUUUUGCUCUGUUCCCUCUGCAAUAAGAGGAGGAAAAGCAAGGUUUUCUGCUGUUCUUCCUUUGUUCUAUCUUCUUCUCCUUUGAUUUGUUUUGGGCCCUUGGUUUUCUGGGAAAAGAUCUGUAGUUUGAUGCCUUUAAUUUAUUUGCAUGUAUGUCUUGCUUUUGUUGGAUUCU